ACAGUCGGACACUGUGAUCGAGACAUUACGACGCAUGCGCGGACCGUAUCCUCUGCAAAACAUCACAGUCUAUUUACUAAGAGAUGCACAAGUGUCGUAAUUAUAUCGACAAAACUCACGUAGACAGCUCAUUCAUAAUUGAGCACGUUUCACCUGUCAGUUAAGACGUAAUUUAACAGCGUACCUGUUAGCCAAAUCCAGCAAUGUUUACGUCUCAGACCUCUUCCUUCCAAGAUUCAAUUGAUGUAGAGGAGCGAGAUGACUUUGACAGCGAUGACAUUGCAGGCUAUAACCAGAAGACACAGCUGAACUGUUACUAUGCCAUCUAUCUAUAUCAAGGCACCAGAUCUGAGACAUCUGAGGAAAGUGUUGCAUGGAACAAGAGAAGAGCAGACUCCACCACCAGUCAGGACGACUUUAGCUUGAGCCUGGUGGACAGCAGCCUGCCGCCGGAGGCGGAGCCUGAGCUCCGCUGCUACAUCUCCAGGAGGCUGAGCAAGGGGGCCCUGCUGGAGGGCAUGGGCAACAUAGCCACUGUGGAUAUCAGCGUCCCAGAGCAGAACGUGGGCUGCUAUUGCUGUCUCCUGGAGCAGGAGCACUCCCCAGAUCAGCCUGACGCCGAAGGCAAUGGCUAUGUCAUCUGCUUCAUGGGGGGCUCGGAGAAGGGGCUCAAUCUAUUUAGACAAGAGCUGGAUAAGUAUGUCCAAGGCCUACAAAGCUGCCUACAAACCCCUGAGCUCACUAACCUGGAGACAGAGAUCCGUCCGUAUCUCAGUAAGUGGUACGAAGAGUCGGUGCUGCACAUCCAUCGUGUGGUCCAGCUGGUCCAGAGCAGUAUCAGCUUCCUGCUUCACGCUGCUUUGAGUCACACCCAUGUUGAGGUCAAAUCAGAUGAAAGGACGAAGAAGGACAUCGCCAGGUUCAUUAAGGCGGCCAGCUUGCAGGGGCUCUCCCAGCAAGAGGCCACAACGUCCCUGUGUAAGGCCAUGUCUGAGGAGCCCCCGGCCGACCUGGUCAUCGACUGCUCCACCACCCCCCCCACACUAUCCAACACGGUUAGUAACCGCUUCUGUGAUGACUGGAUCCAGGCAUUCCUUAACGCUGCGGAGAGUUGUAAUCCCUUCCUUCUCAGACAGAUACUUGAGAACUUCAAACUCAAGGCCAUUCAAGACAUGAACAGCCUGAAGCGCUUCAUCCGGCAAGCAGAGAUGAGCCAUUAUGCCCUUUUCCGUUGCUGCCAGUUCCUCCAGGGCUGCGGCAACGGUGACGUGCUGCUGCAGAACGCCAAGGCGGAACACAGCGACCUGCCUGAAGCCUGCAGGAUCAUCGCUGUCCUGGAGGAGUUCCUCAUGGAACCGUCCCAGGCCCACACCUAGUUUCCUCCCAGUGCUGGUGGAGACAGCUGCUGGUGACAGCUGCAGACAAAAUGGGCAGUGUACGAUGAUACAUUUUGAAUAUGAAGAUAGAGUCCACUCUGUUGGCAAAGCCAUCAUCUUUUACAUUUUACACUAAUAAGCUAACAUGUAUGUUAAUUUUUUGUAAGGAUUUGAGUAUUAUAUGGAUGAAAAACUAUAUUGUUCUGGUGAAAUGAGCACUCUGUCAUUAUAUACUUCAUAUUAUGACCAAAAUUGUACAUAUGUUAUGUAUGUAUGUAUGGUAAAUAUUAGAGUUCCUUCCUGGAUCUUGCACAAUCCCAAUUCCCCUCCCUCCUCAAUGCUAAUGUUUUGAUGUUGACAGAAUUUUGUUAAUUUUUUUCAGUUUUUAUUCAUUACUUACACUACAAACCAAAAAGCUGUUAUUCUUUAACUAUUAGGUUGCUAAACUGACCAAGCUUUAAGUUAUCGCAAUGAUUAAUUAAAUCUAAACACAAGAAAAUAAAUUGUAAAAUGUUAUGCAUUUUAGUUUUUUUGUUAUUUAAUUGGGAAUGCACAAUUAUGUUUUUGCUCAUUUGUUAUGCAUUUUAGUUAUUUUUUUUGUUUAAUUGGGAAUGCACAAUUACAUCACUACAGAUAUGUGGACUAUAUGUGUAAACAUUUUUUCCUAAUUCUAAUGGCAAUAUUGUGUAAGUGAAGUGUCUAGAAAGUAUUCUAAGUUUCACCAUUCCAGUAGCUCUCUGUUGUGACAUGAGAAACAUUUUGCAUAGCGUCUGUGCUAGGAUAUAUUUAAUAACAUGGGUGAGGAUCUGUUAACUGUGUUAUAAUUGUAAUUAUGUUUAAACCACAAGAUGACAAGAUGACCAUUGCCACGAUCCCCCAAUAGCCAUCUUGGUUCUUAUUAUUGGGAACUGCAUUCAGGUCCCCGAACGCAGCUGCUGUUUGGAACCAAGUUGGCCACUAGCAGGAUUAAGGCCCAUGAUGUCUAGGGUCAUCUGUUUCAAGUAUCCAACGCUGUAGAGGGACAGUACAAGAUUUCCUACCAAGCCUUGUUCAAGACUUGGUGGCAGCAAUUUUGCCCUUUUAACCAGUCGUAAUGGUGUGUAGUCUAUUUCAGAUCUGUGACAUGUGAGCUAAGUAUAAUAUGUGUGUUAGUAUGUGCUUGUGCGAAUCAUAUUUCACAUAUGGACACACAAAGUAUGUGAUAUUCCCCUUCUCUAUAUGAUGUGCAAGUGGUAAUUGUUGGUCUUAUGCAUUGUGGUUGAAUAAAUAAAGAACUUAUUACAGCCA